AUGGGCAUCCAGUCAGAUCCACCAAAAUCACUGUACGCAGCCCCUGGCAAUGCUGCUGACGAGAACAUAAAAGUCCGCGACCAACUCCCUCCAGAAACGGACCAAAAUGGCUACCGGAUCAAUGAGCAACCCAUGGGCACGAAGAGGAAGGUCAAAGUCAUCCUCAUGGGCGCAGGUGCAUCGUCCCUAAACUUCUUCAAGAAGGCUGAGGAAGAGAUGGAGGGCCUGGAAAUGGUGUGCUACGAGAAGAACCGCGACGUUGGUGGUACGUGGCUCGAAAACCGGUAUCCUGGAUGUGCUUGCGAUAUUCCAUCCGUCAACUACCAAUUCUCAUGGAAGAUCAAGCUCUGGUCGCAUUAUUAUUCGUAUUCUCCUGAAAUAUGGGAAUAUCUGAAGUCGAUCGAGCGCGAAAACGACUUUAUUGCCAAAUAUAUUAAGCUGCGGCACCGCUUAGAGCAUGUCGAGUGGGAUGGUGCAGCUGGUCUGUGGCGGUGUCGAGUUCGUGAUUUGGAAAAAGACGUCGUGUUUGAAGACAGUGCCGAGUUCUUCAUCAACGCCGGAGGCGUACUGAACAACUGGAAGUGGCCAGAGAUACCAGGUUUGAAAGACUUCAAAGGCAAGCUCAUGCACUCUGCCAAUUACGAAGAAGGAUACGAACUCUCCAACAAGCGAGUAGCGGUUAUUGGUGCUGGGAGCUCGGGCGUGCAGAUUGUCGCGGCCAUACAGCAAAAGGUUCAGCAUCUUUACCAUUGGGUACGAUCUCCGAUAUGGAUUACCGCAGGCUUCGCACAAACUUGGGCAGGAAAGAACGGAGCAAAUUUCCGAUAUAGCAGGGAACAGCUCAAAUACCUCGAAGAGAACCCCAAGAAAUAUCUCGAAUACCGCAAGCAGAUUGAAAACGAGCUCAAUCAGCGCUUCAAAUUCAUCAUCAAAGGUAGCGAAGAAGCCCGUCUAGCCCGCGAAUACGCAGACACGGAGAUGCGCAACAAACUCAACAACGACUCCCGUCUCGUCGAGAAAAUGAUACCCAAGAACUUCAAUCCAGGGUGUCGUCGUCCCACACCAGCACCAGGGUAUCUUGAAGCGCUCGUUGCACCCAAUGCAACCAUCUUCACCGAUCCAAUCGGCUCCAUAACAGCUAAUGGCUUUACGGACCUCGAAGGUACCCACCACCCUGUCGAUGUAAUAAUCUGCGCGACCGGCUUCGACACCUCCUGGCUCCCGCGCUUUCCUUUCAUAGCCAAUGGUCAUGAUCUCCGCGAUCUCUGGAGUCCCGAGAAAGGCGUGACAUCUUACCUGAGCGUUGGGAUUCCCACAUUUCCCAACACGUUUUCUUUCUGCGGCCCAUAUGGCCCUCUAGGUCACGGUUCCUUCAUGCCGUUGAUCGAACAAUGGACCCGCUACAUUUUCUCCGCCAUUACAAAAUUUCAGGUCGAGAACAUCAAGUCCCUCACACCUAAACUCGCACCUUCAGUCCAAUUUCGUCAACACGCUGAUCUUUUCCUACAACGCACAGCGUGGACUUCACCCUGCCGGUCGUGGUUCAAGCAAGGGAAGACGGAUGGACAAGCAGCGAUUUGGCCAGGCUCGCGACUUCACUUUUUGAAGAUGAUGGAAAGUCCGAGGUAUGAGGAUUUCGAAAUUGAGUAUUGGAAUGCGAAUAUGUGGGCUUUCAUGGGGAAUGGAUUUGAAGUGAGAGAGUUUGAUGGGAGAGAUAUUACGGAUUACCUGGGAAAUCUGGAUGAGGAGGGGAGGGAUGUGCAGCCAGACUAUGAUGAGGGAUUGAAGAAUAUACUAGGCGGAUUUACGUUAGGUGAAGAGUAUGUUGUGAAAGGUGGGUAG